AUGUAUAUCGACUUUGCCACCAUUUUGAGCUCGAACAUUGAGCCAAAGAACUUCGAUCGGGAUAUGCUGGCAGAGCUGCGGAACUACUGCUUUCGGCACGAGUUGCCGCUGCCCCUCAUGGAGAUUGUGGCGAGGAACGGCAGCCCAGAGGCACCCGAAUUCGUGGCCUGCUGCUCGUGGGCCUCCAUCAAAUGUUACGGCAAGUCGCACAAAAAUAAGUACGCCCGCCAGCUGGCCGCCAUCGAGGUGAUGAUCGUCAUGGCACCCCAGUUGCUCAUCACCAUGGAGGCCGAACGUCGUCGCAGGUUGACCCAAACGGAAGUCUCAGCCCACAGCUGCUACAAGAACUUCCUGCCGCACCUGAAGAAAGCCGCCAUCGAGGUCAUCAAUGCCACGGAGUACCCCACCGAAAAGGAGCAACUUCUGGCCCUGCUCAGUGCCCUGAAGAUCGAAGCCGCGAUCUCCACAGUUCCAUCCAGUUACCGGCAGCAGCCCAUUGUGAAAGUGCAGCUAAAUGUUGACUCUGAGGGCAUUUUUCUUGACUACGAGAGCGAGAUCUAUGGCCAAAUGAUUGGUUACUUCAAGGAUUUGCUUGACUAG